UAGUAAUGAGAAAACUGCUGUGGUGUCAAUUAGUGUGUGAAACAUUGUCGACGCAAAAUUUGUCCGAAUUGAAUUUUUUUUGUUUAAACUUUUUUCAUUUUUGUAAAUUUCAUUUUUUUUUAUUUCGAAAAAAUAUUUUUAAUUUGUUGUCGAUUCGGGGUGAAGACGCAUUCAUUCAGCCAAACUGAAUGAAUGAAUUACAAUUUUAAAUUGAGAGACUAUGUUUAAUUAAAGAAAUAGUGUGAUUGAAAGUAUUUCAAGUGAAUUUCAACGACAUUGAGAGAUAGAUAUAGAUUUUUUUGUUGCGACAAUUCGGUUUCGAUCGAUUUUUGUCGUUAAUUAUUUAAAAGACAUUUAAGACACGUUUUAAAGUGCCAAACACGUACAUAACCCAACUGAAGAGGGACACAAACAAUUGAGACAGAGGGAUAAAAAAAAUCGUCGUUUUUCAACAAGCCGCCGUUCCAUUCAUACGACGCUGGAUUUUUAUUGACGUGGUGUUAUAAAUAGUGCACGUGCAACUUAAACUUUGGUUUUGGAGCUUCGCUUCAGCAGUUUGACAUUGAACGCAUCGCAAUUCCGGUUACUAUUGCAUUGGCAUUUUGAACCGAUUGCUUCUUUUGAUUUCACGUCAAUUUAAUUGGACGGAAUCGACAGCAUUUUAACCGGAGUUGAAGGCAAUACAAAACGGUGUAAAUGGCUGAAGCACAUCAAGCAGUUGCAUUCUCAUUUUCAAUUACACAUGAAGGUUGGGAUAUCAACUAUGAUCGAGAAGUGCUCAAUCUUGUUUGGGAUUCGGGCAUUAGAUCGUGGAAGAAACGCAUCGGGAGACUAAGAAAUAGCGUUCGAAAUGGAGCAUAUCCAGCACAUUUACAAAGCUUAUGGAUUAUCAUAUCGAUAGCGGCUGCAUUACAUUUCUCUGGGAAAAAGACGCCAUUUGACUUGGCGAAUCGUAUUCUACCAUGGCUACCGGGAGAUUCGAUUUCAUGGCAUUUGGUGGCGUGUUCAAUAACUGGUCUCCUAUUUUGGUUGUGCAUAUGUUUCACUAUGCGUUACACCUUAAAAUUGUUGUUAAUCUACAAAGGCUGGAUGUAUGAAUCGCGUGAAAAGGGUCGGAAGAUAUCAACGGCAACACGAGUAUGGGGGGCCGCAACCAAAGUCCUAUCAAGUUGGAACAAACCUGGAUUGUAUAGUUUCCAGGGAUCAUUACCACGAUUACCAUUGCCAAGUGUGCAUGAAACAUUAGCUCGUUACCUUGACUCCGUUCGUCCACUGCUUGACGACAACAAUUAUAAACGCAUGGAAGAAUUGGCCAAAGAUUUUGAACGUUCCAUCGGACAAAAAUUACAACGUUAUUUAAUGUUGAAGAGUUGGUGGAGCAGUAAUUAUGUAUCCGAUUGGUGGGAAGAGUAUGUUUAUUUGCGUGGGCGCAGUCCAUUGAUGGUUAACAGUAAUUUUUACGGCAUUGAUGCAUUGUUCUUAUCAAAUACCAAUGUACAAACGGCUCGAGCUGCUGUUGCUGUUAAUUUGCUGUUGAGAUUCCGUCGUUUGAUCGAUCGCCAAGAAUUGCAACCGAUCAUGGUGCAAGGACUUGUUCCACUGUGCUCAUGGCAAUAUGAACGCACUUUCAACACCGUUCGCAUUCCUGGCAUUGAAACCGAUCGCAUCAUUCACUACCAAGACUCAAAUCAUAUUGUUGUUAUGCAUAAGGGACGGUAUUAUAAGGUCACCAUAUACUACAAAGGGCGCAUUUUGAAAGCACCAGAAAUUCAAGUACAAUUAGAAGAAAUUUUGAGCUCAAAAUCAGAACCAUUGCCCGGUGAAGAGCUCUUGGCAUCAUUGACCGCAUGGGACCGUACGAAAUGGGCCGAAGUCAGAAAUACUUUGUUCAACAAAGGUAUCAAUCGGGUUUCCUUGCAUACAAUUGAAACGGCUGCAUUCAUUUUGUCAUUGGACGACGAGUCAUACGACACAGACAUUCACAAGGAAGGUGCCUUAGAUCAUUUUGGAAAAUCGCUAUUGCAUGGAAACGGUCAUAACAGAUGGUUUGACAAGAAUUUCACACUUUGUGUCGGUACCAAUGGACGACUUGGAUUUAAUGCUGAACACACCUGGGCCGAUGCAGCUGUAAUGGCUCACAUUUGGGAAAAUAAUAUAAUGGACGAAGUGAUUGAGCAUCCAUACGACGAAAGUGGAAACUGUAACGGACCAAUUGAAUUCCAGCCACCAUCACCGCAACGUAUGUCAUGGGACUUAAAUAAUGAUGCUUGCCAAACUGCCAUCAAUUCAGCUCAUACAGAUGCUCAAAAAUUGCUCAACGAUUUACAACUUCGUAUUUAUGUGCAUGAUCACUACGGCAAGGGUUUCAUGAAGACAUGCCGUGUAUCACCCGAUGCUUAUAUCCAAAUGGCCUUGCAAUUGGCAUACUACCGAGACGCUGGACGUUUUUCACUAACAUACGAAGCAUCGAUGACACGUCUAUUCCGUGAAGGUCGUACUGAAACCGUUCGGCCGUGCACCAUUGAAUCGGCUGAAUGGGUGAAAUCUAUGUCAGACGGAACUGUGACGACCGAGCAAAAGGUUGCGCUACUACAAAAGGCUUGCCAACGACAUCAAAGAGGUUACCAAGAUGCGAUGUGCGGUAAAGGAAUCGAUCGACAUCUAUUCUGUUUGUAUGUCGUGUCGAAAUAUUUAGAAUUAGAUUCGCCAUUCUUAAAGGAAGUUCUCAGCGAACCUUGGCGAUUGUCAACUAGUCAAACCCCACAUGGCCAAACCAGUAAACUGGACCUACACAAACAUCCUGAAUGCAUUAGUGCUGGUGGCGGCUUCGGUCCGGUAGCUGACGAUGGCUAUGGUGUCUCAUACAUCAUUGCCGGAGAAGAUCUGCUCUUUUUCCACAUAUCAUCAAAAACCAGUUGCGCGACUACGGACUCUGUCAAAUUUUCAAAGCAAAUCGAACGGGCCUUGAGUGAUAUGAAAAAUCUCUUUGAAGAAUAUCAGUGUCUGAAGAAAUUGGCGAAUGGAUCAUCGAAAUGAGAAAAACAUACGCCCAAAUAGAUCGAUAGUGGUUUAGUGCAAAAAAAAUUCUAAAGCUACAAAACAAAAUGAAAAUUCGAGAACAACUGCAGAGUCAUCAGUUAACAAAUUGUUUGUCGUGAAUGGUGUGCAGUGAAAAUUGUACGGAUUGAGUAUUAUCGUUUGGAUCGACUCACAUGUGUUCAAUUUUUUUCAGUUGAAGACCAUUCUUCGCUUUGUUUCGACGAAAUUUUCCAUCGACAUUUUUAAAAUAUUUACGAAAACUGAGUACCUUUAUCAAUUUAUAUUUUGUUUUGUUAUUUAUAAAUUUUUAAAAAAAUAAACACAAUCAGCAGACUAACGAUAAAAGAUGAUAUAUUUUUUUCGGUCUGUGGCUCAUUACAAUUGUAGACAUAUACGUAUUUGACCAAUUAUAUUAGCGUUAUUAAAAUGAAUUGUUCGAUUUAAGAUUUAAAACUUUGUUUAAUGAAUGUAAAAUUCUAUUCUUUUUCUCUUUCUCUUCAAACAUCGAAGAUAUUUCACACGUUGGACAUUUUUUUUUGUUGAAUAAAUUAUUAUUUUAAUGAACAA